CGUCGUCGCUAGUGAACGUGCUGCAGUUUUGCGGCCCGCGUGCGUUACAUAUCCUCAGAUAUAGCUGUGGUACAUACAUAGCGGUGCAGGAGGAGGAGGGCUGUCAGCCCGAGCACUGCGGAAAGCCUUGCAGAGUGGGUGGGAAGAAGGGUGGUGAGCAUAAUAACAUACCACCCUACGAGUGCCACGAUUCCUUCGAAUCGGGCAGAGUAUAGAAGAAGUAGUACAAGGAUUGUGCUUGCCACAGUGACAUCCUGAGCCGUUCGAGAAAAUGUUCGAACCAUGAAGAAAAUAGAGGUGUGUUAUCUCUAGGAUUAGAAGUGAAUAAGGCAGUCCAAGGAUAACGGUUCUUGAGGCUUCAUAGUUGUAAAAUCGGGCUGUUUGGCGGGGGUGGUGUGCGGUUGGGCCAUGAGGGCAACAUAUAAAGCACAAAAAACGAGCUCUGCCCUCGUGAAUUAAGUGAUUAAAGAUUCAGAUGUUUGGAAGAGAGUGAAAUAAUUUCCAGUUUGGUGGCGAGAAGGCGAAGCAAGCUUUGAAAGCAGCAGCGGUGGUGUGCAAAGCAGGCGCAGGAAGAAAGGUGCCAGCGGUGAAGAAUUGUGUAGUGUAUCAGGCAGGGCAGGCUACUAUGAAUGCCUGGCUCCUCCAAGGAGUUUGAAGAGAAGGUGUGAGGCUCCAUGCCGUAUCGUGCUCCGUCGCGUGUGUUUAUAUUAGAAGAAGUAGCGACUGCAGCAGCAUAAAUAUGCUGAAAGCCAGAAGAAUGGUACUACUAUUUAUUGAUAGGAAUGUGGCCAUCAGCCAGGCAGCUAACUCGGUGGAAAAUUGAGUGUGAGAAGAACGAGUUAGCAGACGAGUCUAGAAGGCGUCAGUGGGUGGGAUUCCACCGUGGAGACGCGACCAAACUUCUAAUUUUGAAAUCAUAGCACGACGAAAGUCUUGGGUAGAUGGGUUGGGCUUUCACACUCUUAGCCAGCAAAAACAGGAUGGGUUCCUAAGUGCAAAAUCGGGAACAUCAUUCCCAUUGAUGUUUUAGAAUAACUAACCCAUUCGAAAAAAUAUUGAUUGCAUUACCGUGGAAAAAAUAUCUAGAAAAAAUUUACAGCGAAUCUGGCUCCGGUUCGGUGUGCAGUUCGAGUGUUACAGUGAUCGAAAAAAAAACGUGAAAGCAAAUCGAGAGCGAGAGUCAACUGAGAAACGAAGAAACCAGCCAGCAAAAAAAAUCGAUAAAAACAAUUCGCUUCUCAUCAAAAAUACAUUUCUACCCAAGGAGAGCAGGAGCCUGUAACUUCUUUUCCUGCGAGGGGUGUUCCCAUUCGAUCCUGGCCGUCGUCGACACGCCAUUCGCCUUCUGACUUAUUUUUUUCCCAACCAUCCUGCCUCCGGACGAUUGGCAUUGUAGAAGCUGCUAGCUGACAGCACUAUCUGAAAACGCAAGAAGCAAGAAGGCAGGACACAGAUACCAUCCCGAGCCUAGUGGUGAAGCGGCCGGAGAGAAAGAGCAUAACUGACACGAGAUCUGCUAGCGAGCGCGAGAAGGUACACCAAAUUGGGAGCAAAACAUGGAUUUCCGGAUUACGUUGCUGCUAAUUAUCGGCACGGCAUACGCAGUUGAAGUCCACUUCGAGACGCCAGACAGUGGCUUUUUUCUGAAGCAUUCCCCGCGGCAGAGUUCGGUGGUGGCGAACUCGAACAAGGGCCGUUUGAGCUCCGAUUCCGUGCUAUCGAUAGACAGGUUCACGGUCGUCCAGACCAGCCAACCGGUCUCCAUUCGGGCCAGCUAUGGCCCCUUCUCCACCAAGCAAACCGUCCCAGCGAGGUACAUCGUGCCGGAUGUACUGGAAUCGGCCUCGGAUUCCACGCAGAAUGCCACCGCUGCGUUGAUGGAUCUGCAGCAGUCUAAUUUGCAUCUAGACAUCUCGGCACACCUCGUGAAGAGCAGCAUACCACGUGAUUCGCCAGUGCUGAGGGUCCUGUUCCACGCCGGUGCAGAUCCUGGUGGACACCUCCAGCGACAGAAAAUUUGCGUUCUGUUACAUGCAUCGAUUGGCAAUAAAACUCCUCUGAAAGGUCGCUGCAUGCCCGAAGGAGAAGAUGGAGUUUGUGUUGCGGAGGUCGUGAUACCUUCAAGCUGGUGGCCUCCGCUUCCUCCUCCAGAAAAAGACGGCCGUCCAGCAGCCAUUCAAAAAACACCGCAACGGUUGGUGCAGGUGUCUUACAGCGUAUUUGAACCACCUGCAAGAAGUCCGGAACUAUGUGAACCUAAGGUCCAAAUUCAACCACUGACUCCGUUUGCUAAGGUUCCGCUCAUCCAAUCGCUGAUGCCCUACAAGGAACUACGCGCCGAUGAAACUCUAACGAUGAUGGUUCCGCAGCAACCGCUGUAUCCGUUGUCAAAAAUCCACGUUCCGGUUUUUCUACAUCCGGAACCGGGACAAAACGUGGCGGUAUUUAUUGUCAGGGCCCGCGUUAAGGCGGGCAUGCGGAUUCUCGGAGCCAGCGCUUCUUCCGAUGAUUGGAAUGUUUCGGUUGAGAAGGAGAACACGAAGCACACCGUAGCGAGGGUUACGGCUUUUCGCAAGGAUCAAGACCCCGACAGUCCGGUGAGCUCGUUCGACGAAAUGAACCCAAAUAAGGUAAUGGAAGUAUUUUCGUGGCUACUGGAAGUGGCGAAUGACACCAAAGAGCACCAUGACGGUGGACGGAUUGUCUGGUCGGUCAGCUACGUACACGACGGUCCCAAGGUCAAAGAACUUUCGGCCGAGGCAUCCAGUUCGCCGCACGAAGAAGGCCGAAAGAAGAUUGUUGCCAAGCUGGAGAUUCAGAAGGACGACAUCCAGGCAGUGCUGCCAAUUGCGAAGAACUGGGAGUUGAUGAACACGGCAGUUUUAACGGGCCGCCAAGUAUCACAGGCCAUGAAGGUCUUCAUUGUGUCGCAAGCGGGAAAAGUUGCGGAUGUAACCCUGCAGAGCUCAUGCCAGGCCGAAGAUGAAAGCGUCAUCAAGGUUUCCUCGUCCUGCAGUUCGGUCUACGUGGACGGUUCAGAGGCUCGCGGCUCAUCCAACGCUUCGGUUAUAGUCAAAUACGGUACCUAUUCUGGGCUGGCGAAGUUCACGGUGUGGAUGCCCGAGUUUCCGUUGGAGGUCUCUGUUGCCGAUUUCCGCCUGUCGCAGAUCAAGGGCUGGAAGAUUCCGGAGGAUCACAAUGUAAGUGCCAACGGUAAAAUGCGCCGGCGAAAGCGUGCCUAUGGCUGGGGUCAUCACAGUGAAGAUUUUGUCAAUGGCGUAUCGCCGGAAAGAAGCAUCUGUCGAGCGCGAUAUCAGCAAAGUCCAGUGGAAGUAUACGCCCGGUUUUUGGCCGUAGAUCAAGAUUCGGGGCGAGUGAGUUAUCUUAUUUCUCGGCGAACUGGAUUGAGAGUGACGGAUUUGGUGCAGCCGUUGUUGCGAGUAGCUGAUCCAAAAAUUGCGACCCUGAGGGGUAGAACACUGCAGGGAAGAGCCAUGGGAAGGACAGACGUUCAGGUGCUUUCUCCAAUCACUGGAAGAGUCAUUGGAGCACGUGAAGUGCGAGUCGGAAGCGAUAAAGUUAGCAUAACUCGACUGUUGGUGCGAGUUGUAUCAGGACUGCAGCUUUCGAUCGGCAGUGAUAACGCAAUCGAGAAUGGUUACAUAGCGGAAACUUCGGUCACCCGAAAGCUGACUGCCCAGUACCAGGAGGGUUUACUGGACAUCGAUUUGGAGUUUUCGGAUGGGUCGAGGACUCCGUUGAGAGAUAUCUCGGUGGACGAUUACUUCCUGUUGGUGGAAAGUUUGGACACGGAAGUGGUUGCCUUCGCUCCAAUGUUGGCAUCGCACCAUCCACGCGUGAUUGCUGUUGGGGAAGGUAAUGGCGAUUUACUGCGGGUCACGCUGCUGCUCUCCGAAGAAUGUCGACUGCGUCGUAAUAUUCCGGUGUCGAAGCAGGGUAUGAAGUCCUCGGUGGGACCACUGGUGAGCGCCCUUGCCUCGGUACAGGUGGACUUCAGCUCGUCGGACAUCGGCACCCGCCCGGACACGGUGCAGAAUGACGGUAUAGCCGGCCGAGACCGCAAACCGCAAGGGCGCGAACUAAGUGAUUUGGCUGAUAUUUUGAUAGGUAUUCCGCUCAAGGACGACAACGGCCAGGGACCGGUGGCGCUGCAGCCGUCGCGACAGCACCGAGGCGGCAUCCCGGGGUACGUGAACGGCAAGAGCGUGGUCUACACGGACGCCACCUCGCUGGAGAUCGGAAUGUACGUCCUGUUGGCGGCGUUCUGCUUGGCGAUCGGAGUUUUCGUGAUAUCGUGCGUGGUGUACGCGUCCAAGUUCCGGCCGGUCACGAUCGACGUUACGGGGGAGGCCAGCGUCCGGGAUGGAAUGGGCAACGCAUCGGUGCUGGGUGGAAAGGGUACGGAGUCGACAACCAAUGCGCACGAUUGGGUAUGGUUGGGCCGCGCCACGAUGGAUCGUUCGACCAAUGGUCAAGACAUGAGUGGAAAUAAUAGAGAUUCACGUAUGCAUAUAAUCAACAAUCCAAUGAGCUCAAAAUACGGAGACGCUGAGGAAAGUGUAGUGCAAGUAAACAGUUUCGACAACCCGAAUCACAUCCAGUUGCCAUCCAGUUCUGGUGUAGAAGGGCAAAAUGGUGUCGUGAAUUCGUGUACCUACAACAAACGAGAUCGCAGAAGUCGAAUAGUAAAUGAAGACGAGAAGGCUCCUCCGCUUCCACCGCAUGGAAUUCCGAUAAUCGAUGGAGUAGAGUAUCGUCCUCCAGUUCCUCCACACAGGAAUAUGGGAGUGACUGCUCACGUGGCAAGCAGGUCACAAGAACCAAUCAUUCAGAUGCGCAAUCCGCGGCCUCGAGUGCACCCACGUUACAUCCGUAACAGCAGUUGUUCGACUACCAAUCCAGCGUUUGAAAUCCAGCUUCAUGGCAAUCAAGCGCCACGCAAUUUGAACUUCACUCAGCAGCAAAUCAACGCAGCGCUGUUCAACAACAGUAUUCCUCAGUACUCAGUGCAGCCAAUAGUUCGGCAGUCCACAAAGUCGCCGCAUUCUUUCGAAAAUAUGGGAUUCACAGUCCUUCCGCAGCAGCAACACCAUCAACACCAGCAGCAGCACCACCACCAUCAACCGGCGGCGAUGGUGGCGCCAUCCACGAGCAGGCCUCAACCAGACGAUCUGCACAUGGCGGAACGACUGGUGCAGCAGUGCGCCCAGAAGUCGGCAUUCAAGUUCGACACCAUCAACAAUCAGUCCAGUGGCAGGAGUAAGGCAACGGUGGUUGCCAUUGGCAGUGGAAAUCCCAUCGCCGGCAGUAGUAUUAAAGAGUCCGCACCGGUAACGGUGGAGACGACCGCAGAAAUCGCCCCGAUGCCGGUGGCGGACAAACGACGCUCCCGAGCGGAAGAGUGCAGCAGUGGGGCAAAACUGCCCGAGUCCAGCUCGGACGACAAUGGAGGCUUUGUGACCCCCCCGGACGAGCAACAGUCGAACAAUCAGCAGCAGUCCAAAAUACCGAAACCCCCGCAGCCGCUGAAGCACAACAAACCGACGGUGGUGGGCAAUCCGAUGUUUGCGAACACACCGGACAGCGAACUCGGGCCGGGGGAGAGUCUCGGUCUGGACGAUCUAGAUAUGGACUACGAGCAGAUUAUGCACUAUUUCGACAAUUUGAAGGAAUCGAAUGCCUGAGUGCAGGAGAUCAUUGCAAAGAUUCGCGACAUUUUAUCUACGUUUCAGCAGCAGUACCGGAACGUGGCGAUAUCCCCCGCCAGCAGUCCGACGUGCAUCCCCGGGAUCAACGACCCGAACUUUGAACAUUUCUUCGAAC